AUGCCGGUGAUGAAAGGUCUCCUCGCGCCACAGAACACCUUCCUGGACUCCAUCGCCAACCACUUCGACGGCACUCACAGUAACUUCCUCCUGGGAAACGCUCAGGGUCGCUAUGGUUACCCCAUCGUCUACUGCUCUGACGGGUUCUGCGAGCUGACCGGCUUCGUUCGGACCGAGGUGAUGCAGAAAACCUGCACCUGCAGCUUCCUGCACGGAGCCGAGACCAGCGACAACGUGAUCCAGCAGGUGGACAAAGCUCUGGAGGGCCAGCAGGAGUACCAGGGGGAGGUCUGCUUCUACCGGAAGAACGGAAAUCCGUUCUGGUGCCUCUUGGAUAUUGUGCCAAUUAAAAACGAGAAAGGUGAAGUGGUUUUGUUCCUGCUGUCCUUCAAAGAUGUCAGCGAGUCUUAUGGGAAGAGUCAUCACUACGCUCAGGGAGACGGUGUGUCAGAAGCUGCUCACCACAGCAGGAAAACCAACCGGUCACACUUUUCUCAAGCCCGAGAGAGAAGCAGGACGAUUCUGCAUCACCUGAACAGCCUGUUUAGCAAAAGAGGAAAGAAGAAACUGACCGAUAGCGUGUUCCAGAAACCAUCCCUCCCCGAGUACAAGGUGGCAGCUGUGAAGAAGUCACGUUUCAUCCUGCUGCACUACAGCGUCUCCAAGGCCUUGUGGGACUGGCUGAUCCUGCUGGCGACCUUCUACGUCGCCGUCACUGUGCCUUACAAUGUCUGCUUCGUCAGCCAUGAUGAAAGCAGCGAUGGCCGCUCACUUGUCAGUCGAAGCACUAUAGGCAGUGACAUAGCGGUGGAGAUGCUCUUUAUACUCGAUAUAAUCCUGAAUUUCCGGACCACCUAUGUGAGUCAGAGUGGUCAGGUCGUGUACGACGCUCGAUCCAUCUACAUCCAUUACUGCACCACCUGGUUCUUUGUGGAUCUGAUCGCAGCGUUGCCCUUUGACCUUCUCUACGCCUUCAACAUCACCGUGACGUCGCUGGUUCACCUUCUAAAGACGGUCCGGCUGCUGCGCCUGCUGCGCCUGCUGCAGAAACUGGACCGGUACUCCCAGUACAGCGCCGUGGUUCUGACCCUGCUCAUGUCGGUGUUCGCCCUGCUGGCCCACUGGAUGGCCUGUGUCUGGUACGUCAUCGGACGCAAGGAGAUAGAGAGCAGCGACCCCAUCACCUGGGACAUAGGCUGGCUUCAGGAGCUGGGGAAGCGUCUGGAGACUCCGUACAUCAACAGCACCAUGGGCGGCCCCUCCAUGCCCAGCGCCUACAUCGCCUCCCUCUACUUCACCCUCAGCAGCCUCACCAGCGUCGGUUUUGGCAACGUCUGCGCCAACACAGACGCAGAGAAGAUCUUCUCCAUCUGUAUCAUGCUCAUGGGAGCCCUGAUGCAUGCGGUGGUCUUUGGCAACGUGACAGCCAUCAUCCAGCGCAUGUAUUCGCGUCGGUCGCUCUACCACACCAGAAUGAAGGAUCUUAAGGACUUCAUCCGUGUGCAUCGGCUUCCUCAGCAGCUGAAGCAAAGGAUGCUGGAAUAUUUUCAGGCAACCUGGUCAGUCAACAACGGCAUCAAUGCUAAUGAGCUGCUGCAUGACUUCCCAGACGAGCUGCGAGCCGACAUCGCCAUGCACCUGAACAAAGACAUCCUGCAGCUGCCGGUGUUCGAGCGAGCCAGCAGGGGUUGUCUGCGCUCGCUGUCGCUGCACAUCAAGACCUCCUUCUGCGCUCCGGGCGAAUAUCUGAUCCGCCACGGUGACGCCCUGCAGGCCAACUACUUCGUCUGCUCGGGCUCCCUGGAGGUUCUGAAGGACGGCAUGGUUCUAGCCAUUCUGGGUAAAGGUGACCUGAUUGGGGCAGACCUCCCAGAACACAACCACGUGAUCAAGACCAACGCCGACGUGAAGGCGCUGACAUACUGUGACCUGCAGCACAUCAGCGUCCGGGCUCUGAGGGAGGUUCUGCACCUUUACCCGGAGUACGGCAGCCGGUUCAGCUCUGAUAUCCACCACAACCUCACCUACAACCUGAGGGAGGGCAGCGAGGCCGACGGAGUAACCAGGUUUCCGUGGGCUCCAAGGCUGUCUCAGGUAUUUCCAGACCACAAACUGCCCUUCAUCAUCGAGGCCAACAACGCAGAACAUGAUGAAGACCUGAAAAGCUCCCAGCAGAGGAGGGUUCCUCUGCUGCAGGGGAUGAGCAGCCCCGUCCACCAGCCUCGCCUCAGCACCUUGUUGGGGGAGGAGCUCCGGCACAUCAGCGCCCUGCAUAUGUGUCGAUCACCUGUUCAGGGAGGCCGAGGUCGCAGCCCGUCGCCUCAGCCUUUCAUCGGCGACGAGCUCUCUCCGUCUCCUUUACCCACCGACCAUCGGCCCGCCAAGCUGCUCAUGCCAUCCUUACCUUGUGUUAGUCCUCUGAACCUGAGCCCCAGGGUCGUCGAUGGAAUUGAAGACAACAGUGACACGUUUCAAUUUAAUGUAGAGCAGAGCGAGACGAAAACUAAUGCUACAGAUCGGUUGCAGGUUAACACCAACCUGCUUCUGGAGACAGAAGAAGUGAGACAGAACAUCAGCAAACUGAACAAAGAGGUGAACAACCUGAACCAGGAAGUGUCCAACCUGGCCAAGGAGCUGCACGACAUCAUACACUUCCUGCAGCCUCACAUGGCCAUGCUCCACUACUCCUCUCCGGUUUCCUCUUAUUCUUACGGCCUGCCGAUGGCCCCCAACCCCAGCGUCACCACCUCCAGCAGCUGGCAGCCUCACGUCCCUUUAAACAUCUCCCCCGGGCUGCACCUCCACCACGACGCCAUCAGCCACCCUGCUAGAAGCGCGUGGGGCUGCAGAAGCUCCUCGCUGCUGCACUCGACCAGCCCCAUGUCGUCCUGCUUGCACAUGUGCUGCUCGGACAGGGACGGAACCUCAGCUUUCCGACUCCAGAACCCCCGUGGUCCCUUUCAGACGACCCCCAGCUCCCCUUACAUUCCCCAGGGAGGUCCGUCGCUGCUGGGCAUCAGCUCGGCCUUCAGCAGCUUCCAGGCGGUCUGCCAGGCCUCUCAGGUGAUCUACAACUCACCUGUCCGCACCGUAAGCAGCUCCCACCCCCUAUGCUCCACCGUCUAUUCUACCCUCCCAUCCUUAAGCGUUCAAACCAGCUCCGACCAAACAUAUCAUCGCUCCCAGACUCCCAUCCACUCCUCCGUCACCCUGACAGGUCAGCCUCAGUAUCACACCGCCUUCAGCUCUCUGUCGCCCUCUAGAGGCCGUACUUCAACUUGCAGCCAGGGCUCCAUCAGACAGCCGGUAGGAUCCAGCCCUGUUCACCAAACUCUGGAGCAGGCGGCGAACUCUAGAGCUUCUCUGGAUCAAAACAGGACAGAUAGUAAUGAAUCUGCUGGAUCAAGCUGCAAUAUUCUGGACAUGGAAGAAAUGCCACACUGA